GGCCUCGGACUCCCUGGCAGCCCCUGACGUGUCGGGGAGGAGCCGCGCGCGGAGGUGCGCGGAGUGGAGUUCAGGGCUGCGGAGGGGAGCGGAGCUGAGCGGCUGGGCGGGCCUGGCCAGGCCAGCGGAGCGGAGACGUCGGUCGAGCGGCGGCGAACAUGCGCUUUUGACACAUUGGAGGCUUCCUUGAUCAUGGAUGGUGAAGAUAUACCAGAUUUUUCAAGUUUAAAGGAGGAAACUGCUUAUUGGAAGGAACUUUCCUUAAAGUAUAAACAAAGCUUCCAGGAAGCUCGGGAUGAGCUAGUUGAAUUCCAGGAAGGAAGCAGAGAAUUAGAAGCAGAGUUGGAGGCACAAUUAGUACAGGCUGAACAAAGAAAUAGAGACUUGCAAGCUGAUAACCAAAGACUGAAGUAUGAAGUGGAAGCGUUGAAGGAGAAACUAGAACAUCAAUAUGCACAGAGCUACAAGCAGGUCUCAGUAUUAGAAGAUGAUUUAAGUCAGACUCGGGCCAUUAAGGAGCAGUUGCAUAAGUAUGUGAGAGAGCUGGAGCAGGCCAACGAUGACCUGGAGCGAGCAAAAAGGGCAACAAUAGUUUCACUGGAAGACUUUGAACAAAGGCUAAAUCAGGCCAUUGAACGAAAUGCAUUUUUAGAAAGUGAACUUGAUGAAAAGGAAUCUUUGUUGGUCUCUGUACAGAGGUUAAAGGAUGAAGCAAGAGAUUUAAGACAAGAAUUGGCUGUUCGGGAAAGACAGCAGGAAGUGACCAGAAAGUCAGCUCCCAGUUCUCCCACUCUAGACUGUGAAAAGAUGGAUUCUGCUGUCCAGGCAUCACUUUCUUUGCCAGCUACUCCUGUUGGCAAAGGAACGGAGAAUAGUUUUCCUUCACCAAAAGCGAUACCAAACGGUUUUGGGACCAGUCCACUGACUCCUUCAGCUAGGAUAUCAGCACUGAACAUUGUGGGGGAUCUCUUACGGAAAGUAGGGGCUUUAGAAUCCAAAUUAGCAGCUUGCAGGAAUUUUGCAAAGGACCAAGCAUCACGAAAAUCCUAUAUUUCAGGGAACGUUAACUGUGGGGUGAUGAAUAGCAACAGCACGAAGUUCUCUCGAUCAGGGCACACAUCUUUCUUCGACAAAGGGCAAGAAAAAGUCAUAUUUCCCACGUUGUUCAUGGGUAACUGAACUUGUUUGCUGUGCUCUUUUAUUCUUAAUCAUGGGCAGUAAACGGCUUUGACCCGGCUCCUCCUCCACCUGGUCUGGGCUCCUCGCGCCCGUCGUCGGCCCCGGGUAUGCUGCCUCUCAGUGUGUGAGUGCCCGGCCUCCAGGCGGGGGCUCCCGCCCUCCUCCAGCUGCCCAGGACACCCACGCCUCACCCCUCGGUGCCUGGGCCCGGCUCGUGCCCCUCCACCCGCCUCCCCGCGGCCGGCAGAGGGCAGGCUGCAUGCAGUGGCGGCUGCUGGGCCCCGCCCAGCCCCAGGACUCUGCGCGAUAUCAAUACUGGCUAUUUUCUCUUCUCGCCGUAGUGCCGUUGGUUUCACAUGAUUGCACUUUUGUGGGUCACGAGGUGAUACGUCCGUGUAUUACUUGGUCACUGGAUGCAGAAAUACCCAUUCAUCACGCCUCAUAGCCCCGCCCCGCUGUGCGGAUAGGAGUAGUUGUGUUUAGGACAUUGCAGAUCUUCUAGCAGCUCUCCCCCAAAUCAGGUCGACAUGUGCCCUCCCCCGAGCCCCCACCCAGGCAUCUCCAGUGCUCAUGAUCAUGUGUCCCCCUCCUCUACCACUCACAGUCUGGGCCUGUUACUGGCAGAGUCAAGAAGGUCACUGAAUUAGGGAACAUUUUCUGCACCUUCUGAUUUUACUUUAGUGGUUAUCAUUCCAUAGACUUGCCUCCCAGAGCAGCAGAUGCCUGUCUGAGCCCCAGAGAGCAGGAGCUUCCGGGACCGGGGCACACGGGGCCGUUUCCCUGCUGUCUCCUCUUCCUCAUGCGCCUCAGACUCGGGGUUGGGGUGGUGGCAGCCGCCUCGCCGGCUCUCUGGUCCUUCAGUUCAUUGACAUCUUCAGAGCAUCUCGUUUUGUCUUCUGAGGGCCUGUCCCGUUGUGUCAGGGAGGGUUGAACGGCCUGGUUCCAGGGGCGGCCGUUGCGGCUCCUGGGGGCAGACUGACUGGAAGUGGUUGGCCCUGUGCAUCCUUUGAUUACUCAUGCUGCGUUUACUGUUUACAUUUGUUUUAGUGUACAUAGGUUUGUAAACAUUAUCGCCUGAGGUAUUUGUAUAUAACUUGGGCUUUGUAGCUUUUAUUUAUUCAGAACUCACGUGGCAUGUUAAUGACUUACGAUGGUGCCCUCCUCUGGGCAGCUGUAUAGGGUCAUCAUGUGGUUAAAAAAUACUUCCCCUCAAAAAAAUCUUUUAAUGUGGAAACAAUAAAUUUCACAGAAAAAAAAAAA